AUGGCUGAGAGCAACAGUAGAAGAUCAAAUGCUGGUGAAAUCGUGGAGAAAGAAACCGGUAUUGUGCUUAUGGAAAAAUCUGAUGGUUUGUUCUGUUUUGGAGAUGAUUUAGAGUUGAAUCGGUUUGAUGGAUUACCUUAUUCCUCACGGUAUUAUAAACUACUACAGGAGAGACAGAAACUGCCCAUCUGGGAAACUAAAGACCAAUUUAUGAGUGUUUUACAAAAUAAUCAACUUGUUGUCAUCUCUGGGACAACAAAAACUGGAAAAAGUACACAGAUUCCUCAGUGGUGUGCGGAGUUCUGUUUGGAGGUCCAGUCCCAGCAUGGUGGGGUGGUCUGCAGUCAGAUCCAGAGGCAGCAGGCUGUAGAUUUGGCACUGCGUGUUGCUGAUGAGAUGGAUGUCAAUAUCGGGCAUGAGGUGGGCUACAGCAUACCACUAGAGAACUGCUGCUCCACUGACACUAUACUCCGGUACUGUACAGAUGAUGUGUUGCUCAGAGAUUUGAUGUCUGACCCGUUAUUGGAGCAUUAUGGGGUGGUGGUGAUUGAUCAGGCUCAUGAACGCACAGUCAGCACAGAUCUCCUCAUGCUUCUGCUUCGGGAGGUUAUUCUUCAGCGUGAGGACCUGCGGGUGGUGGUGCUGUCCGUCCUACCGGCUUCCCAAACACUUCUAACUCACUUUGGUGGUGCGGCUCACCUGCAUGUGGCAUCCCCAUGCUUACCUGAGGUGCUUUACAGUAGGCAAGUCAGCACUGAGAGCUUCCACUCAGCUCUGAGACUCGUCGUGGAGGUGCACAAGACCAGAGAGCUAGGGGAUAUUGCUGUGUUCUUAGCCUCAGAACAGGAGGUGGGCUGUGCCUGCAGUGUUUUGGCUAAAGAAGCUCUCAGGUUAAAUGGAACUUACGGAGAGUUGGUCCCAGUAAUCAUGUGCCCGUGCCAUGCUGGGAUCUGCCUACCAAUUACAGACCAUCAAUCACAAAAGAAAGAGCGGAAGGUUUUUCUGUCCUGCAGUCAAUCAGAAGACAUGUUUUGGUCAGUGGACAAUGUCAAGUUUGUGAUUGACACUGGAGUGGAGAAGAGAUUUGUGUAUAUCCCACGUGUGAGAGCCAGCGCUGAGGUGAUCAGACCCAUCAGUAGAUGUCGGGCAGAAAUCCGUAAACAGCUGGCAGGCUUAGCAGGAAGGUGUUUUUGUCUGUACCCUGAGGAGACGGUUCUGUGUGCCGAGAUCCCUGCUCAGAUUCUGGAGUCGAACAUCACCUCAUCUGUACUCUUCCUCAAGAGAAUGGAAGUGGCUGGACUCAGACACUUUGAUUUUAUCAGCAGGCCAGAUCCUGAAAGUUUGAUGCAGGCUUUGGAGGAUCUGGAUUAUCUUGCAGCACUGGAUGAUGAUGGAAAUCUGUCUGAGAUUGGCAUCAUAAUGUCUGAGAUUCCGUUAGACCCACAGAUGGCUAAAGCUUUGCUAGCUUCUUGUGAAUUUGACUGUGUUAGUGAGAUGCUCACUAUUGCAGCCAUGCUAGCAGCUCCAAGCUGCUUUGUAGAACCACCUCUUGGGAUGGAGACAGAAGCAAUGCUGUGUCACAUGAAGUUGCACCACUCAGAAGGAGAUCACUUCACCCUGAUCAACAUUUUUAAUUCCUUUAAAUGCUGCCAAAAAGACUCAUGUUUAACACAGGAGAAGUGGUGCCAGGACUACUUUUUAUGCUGUGCAGCUCUGCAGACCGCAGAUGCUAUAAGAACUGAGCUUACUGAAACACUAAAGAAACUGGAACUGCCGCUGUCUGAGCCGGCCUUCGGCACAAAGACCAACACGCUCAACAUCAAGCGUGCACUACUGGCUGGCUUCUUCAUGCAGGUUGCGCGUGAUGUGGACGGCUCGGGGAACUAUUUCAUGCUGUGUAAUAAGCAUGUGGCACAGGUUCACCCGUUAUCAGCCUAUGGAGCAAAAGCACACAAACUCGGCCUGCCUGAGUGGGUGCUGUUCCACGAGUACACUCUCUCCAACAGCAACUAUAUCCGCACCAUCACAGAGAUCUCACCUGAAGUGUUUGUUGAAAUGGCACCACAGUAUUUUUUCUACAACCUGCCCUCUAGUGAGUGUAAGGAGUUUCUGCAGCACAUUUUGGACAGUGAGAGGUCUGGGAGAAAAACGGCAGGUCAGAUAACAGAAACUGGCAUCCCAGAGACACAGAAAGAAACAGAAGAGCCGCAGUCUUACGACAGAUGUUUGAUACAGUAAUGUGGAUACACAAGCUAUCAAAUGAUCACUAAACCAUGUGGACUCACUAAACAUGACCAGCUUUAUUUGUAGCAUCUAGUCUUUCCUUAUUUCUAUAUUCAGUCUCAUAUGAUUUGUCACAUUUCCAGUUGUUAUAUGCAUUUGACAUUCCUGAAGUUAAGUGCUGUUACAGAAUGAGUUAUGGAUGAGUGUAAGGACUCACAAAUGAGCAUCUUUAAACGAUGAUAAAACAGGUGCUUGAACAUUUGAGUUUUGCAGCUUCAAAUAAAUGUAUUUAUAUUAGA